GUGCGGUGUGUGCGUGUGUGCACUGGGAGGAGUGAUUUACAGAAUGAUUGAUGUUUAAUGGACCUAUUGGCAUGAAUAAAUUCACUGGGGCUUUCAAAAUGUACCAUCAAAGAGGGCGUGUUAUAUAUACAGUAUACGUGAAAAAAAUAUAGGGAAGGUAAAGUCAAGAAAGUAUAAACCUCACUUAGGAGAGAUCACAGCAAGUCCGACCUGCCUGGCGCCUGUCUCUGGAGCAUUUCAGCAAUGCACAAGGGGCUGAUACAGGCAAAGCGCUGGUUUGAGAGAGGCUGGUGAGACAGAAAGAGAAGAAAGGAGAGAGAGCGAGAGAGAGAGAAAGAAAGAAAGAAAGAAAGAAAGAGAAAAAGAGAGAUCCCGUGGCAGAGUGAAGGAAGGAAAACAUGGCAAAGUUUUACCAUUGUCUGCGCGGUGAUUCAAGUGAGUACACCAUCACGGCCACGGGUCUGACAGAGAUCAAGAUGAACGAGACCGAAGGCAUCAGUGAAGACGCCUCAGAAAAGAAGAAGUCCAAAUUCAAAUCGUUCAAGAAGCUGUUCAUUAAAAGGAAAAAGAAAGAUUCUUCAACAUCUUCAACGAAGAAUAAUUUGAAACAAAGCCAGUCGACCAGUGAUGUCACGUUUCCUGAGUCUCACAUUCAAGAAUUCGACUCAGAGACUGAAUCAAGUGCUCCUAAAGGUAUCAUGGGAAUCAGAGCCUUCUCACACGACAGUAUCUUCAUCCCAGACACAUCUGUGCCAGAGCCUGUGGGGAGCAAGCAAGUGUUUUCUCAGGAGAAUGUAUCUGCGCCGAUCAGGGCCUUGCAGUUAAAAGUUCAGCAUAAUAUUAAACUGGGACUUCCUUCGUCAAUCGCAGCAAAGAGAAUGGAAGAUCCUGGGGUUAGUUCUGAAGACGAUGGGUUACCUAGAAGUCCUCCAGAAAGCUCUCCACUACAUGAGAUCCUAGCGCACAGCUCAGUAGCCAAGAUGUAUGCAGGAUCGGGCUGCAGGCCAAACAGCCCCCACUCUCCGGUCUUUCGGUCAAGGACGAGUUCUGGGUCUCUGAGCCCCACGUUGAUGUUGAUUCCGAUCUCGCCUUCCGACACCUCUCUCCCCUCGCCCACGGCGGAUUUCAGCUCCCCAGCUGUGUUCACCACCUGCCUGGACACUUCAGCCGCAAGGCACAAACUCGCAGUGAAACCUCGAAACCAGCGGUCCACAAGUAAACAGAGAAGGCAUUCAAAACCACUGUCUGGUAGCGUGAGCGAGUUGAUGUAUCCCUUGUCUGAGAAGGAAGAGAAAAAUGAAGAAGAAAUGAGGGAGGAGGUUGAGGAGGUGACUGCUGCUCCUGAAAUAAACGUCAUGCGCAUAGCAGAAAGUGGUAUUUCCUCUGUGGUACAGAUUCCACCUGAGGUGGCAGUGUCAAGCAGCCCAGAAGCUACAGAUGUUUUAGAUGAAUAUUCGAGUGAGUCUUCCAGCCUAGAUGUCACGGAACAGCAAGAUACAAGUGCCUUGCUUAAUGUUGCUGAUGCCAGGACUACUCAUCGAUCCUCUAUACCUACAUUUGGACCAGAGACUGAAGAUGAUGUCACGUUAACGGAGUUUGAGUCACCGGAGGUGAAUGUUGCACAUAAUCCACAAGUGCUUGAUAUUGUGGAUCCGAUGAUACUAAGGGAAGAAAGCUCUCCUUGGGAAGCUGACGUGAAGUCCACAGUGCAUGAGGUCCAUUCUUGGUCUUUGCCUGUUGACCCAUCCUGGGCGAGCAAGACUGCGUGCCUAGCGAGCUCCACGUUGCUCUCAGAUGCUUCAAGCCCAUUGUGUUCUGACUCUGAGGAUCAGUCAGGCACCUCUGCGGUUAAAGAACUUGAUGACAAGGACUAUGUGGAAGAGAGUUUACCUGUUUACAGGGUACACACAAGAAUGGCAGCAGCACCCACAGAACCAUUUGUUUUGGAAGCCUGUUCAACCAGGCAGGAGGCAUCGAAACACCAAACGCCAUCUCCGAUAGAGCCUGAAAUAUUCAGCCGUGUCACGUUGACUUGUGCGUCUGAGGUGUGCGUCCGAGAUGAAGAAAUGGUGAGAGCAGUGGCUUCAGAAGGCAUUCCCAGCAAUGAGGAGGAUUCGGAGAUCACAGUGUUCAAGGAAACGAAUGCUAAAACCUCAGAAGACACACCCGCAAGCCAGCAGCAAUCAUUAUGGACAGGAAGCCAGAGCUCUUUCAAAUUCUCCAUCACCUCCGCUAGGAAUAGGAGCGGCCGACGCAGCAGUGGGAAAUGGAUUGGAGAUGAGCCGGUGGGAAAUGCGGACAAGUUAGAGCUUUCUCAGAAGUCCAACGCUUUGCCUAGAGAGGAGGAGGAGGAGGAGGGGAAGAAAGAAUGUGACCUGGACAUAGCUGUUUCUCGUCUAUCUGAGGUCAAAGCAGAGACACAUAAACCUGAGCAUCAGCUGGAACACAAGCCAGAAAGGUGUGAGAAGAGAUGUCUGGAGAAGUUGGUUGAAAAGUCCGCGCCUGAGACAUUCAGCAGCCUUCCAAAGUUGCACGAGCCUUCAGCGGACAAGCCUUUCGAGAAUGUCAAGGCAGAGGAAGCGACAGAAGGGAAGAGGGAGGAGGCUCCAGGCCUUUUUGGGGUGAAGCUCCGAAGCACUUCUCAUUCCCUGAAGUACAAAGAGAGCUCGCAUUCUGAGGUGAAGGAGGUGGGGAAGCGACAAUGUGCUGAGGUGGCUGUGGAUUCUGAUGGACCUGUUUCGCAGCCUAAGGUUGAAAAGGAAGACGUCAAAAAGCCACGUACUGUGACGCUUCCCUCCACGUUAAAGGACAAUGGGAAAACCAAAGCCAAAUCUUCGGAAAACCUUGCCGUGAAGCCACCGUUGCCUAAAAAACCUUCGCUGCAAAACGUCAGCCCGUCUAUUCCGGCCCCUGACAAGCUGAGCAAACCAGUCAAGACCACCACUCAGGAAAGACAGAAGGACACGGACAAAAGCAUCAGUAAAAGCCCCGAAAAAGGGCAACCUCACGUUAAAAAUGGCCAGGAUAGUGAAUCUCCUCCAGAGGGCUCCAGUGUGCCAGCGUGGGUCAGCAUGGCCAAGCAGAAACAGAAGGGAUUCCAGGUGCAGCACAAAGAAGUUAAAUUGCAGGUUCAGGACAUCAAAGCCACUAGUGACUGGCAAAUCAAAGACAAGGAGACUGCAAAACCCAUGGACGAAUUCCGAAACAGUCUGCGGAACUCUCCUCCUUCCUGCAUACUUCUCACUCCAGAUCCCAAAGCAGAACCGAAGCUCAGUGUGGUGGAGCCUCCGGCAACUUCUGUCCCCACUCCUGCCUUGGUGCUGUUUUCGCCGACGGUGGACGACCAGCCCCCUGUGACCGGUAACAAGGAGGGACGAGAUCAGCCCAGCAAAGAGAAGCUGUCUCCGCCAGCCAGCCAGCCCUCAUGGAUGGAACUCGCCAAGAAGAAAGCGAAAGCCUGGAGUGACAUGCCUCAGAUAAUCAAAUAGAGCUGCUUAGCCACUGAACCUCCAGUGCUGUCCGCCAAGGGGCGCUCCAAACAUUUAUUUCAAUGAACGAACAAACAAUUUAUUGAGUCCAUGUGUCCAUUUAUGAGCACGGAAGCUGCAAGCUGGGGACUAGAUUGUGUCUGAUUGAGGACCGGGAAAGCGGGAGAGAUGAUUGAGCGGACAUUCUGGGCCAAGUCUGAAGCGGGAGGCAACUAUACCUGAGCGAAGUUUAAGAAAAUUCGAAACUCGUAGUUUUUGGAACCAUUUUUGUGGGGAGAGAGGCUUUGAGAUAAGAACUGAUGCCAACUUUUUCAACCACAAAAAAAUAAUCGGCAUCACCAAUCAACCUGGAGUCUGCACAAAACCACAUUGAUCAGCUCACCCCGAAAA